AUGAUCAUCGAGAUUCCUCGGACCGGAAGAAUCGCAGCACUCCUGACUGGUCCAAAGGCCCUUUCUACCGCAUUGGUCCUCUAUGACCCAAUUGAACUGAAAGAGGAAAAGAGGAUCGAGUUUAAGUACACAGCUCUUGAUCCGGCUGAGAUUCCGACGUCCACUCUACCAGACAGCAAAGAACCGGAACCGCGCAAAUACACACUGCUCGACGAGUCAACUCCGAUUGGAAUGUGCGCUGACUUAAAUUACCUGGUUGUUGUCUUUCAACCACUCCAGCGCCUUAAAAUAUACAAUCCUGUGACUCUGGCACCUUAUGACGUUAUGCUGGAAAAUGCCUUCCCGGAUGAAAAUACAUGCAUUCACCUAGCCAGCUCUGGGGGUUGUGCGAUGUAUGACGACUACCUCUACGUUGCAUCGACUCGACCGCCCCGAAUUCAGGUCUUAAAACUGCAUGACAACCAGGUCCUAGGAAGGGUCGAUUUGAUUCAUGUGGUGAUCUACAGCGAUUUGGGGCUUGAUCGAUUGUCCUUCGGUGAGCCGUUCGGUGUGCAAGUGGAUUCACUGGGCAUGUUGGUGGUGUCGGAUUCCAAAGCAGGCUUCUUUCACGUGUACAAUGUAAGACACAGACCGGCUGGUCCAUGGAUACCUUCAUUGGAGCAUGGAUCCACUUGCUACAUGGGUUCUUGGAAGAUCGACGCCUACCAACCCAUUAGGCCGGGUCACUUCAGUCUUUCAAAAAAUGGAUGCGCUUGUGUUGUGGACAGAUGGAACAACAAAAUCCAUCUUAUAAUGGAUCAAACUGAACUGAGAUGGUACGACGAUACAUACUGUGUGUUGGAAGACCUAAAAUUCCAUCGUGAGGUAGUGGAUCCCCUGAUGCCUCGCGAUGGACUUCCUCGGCCGCCAUCACCAACAGGUGACAACCCUGUUUUCCAGCGGAGAAUUAGUAAUCUAACCGAACCCUAUCCCGAUGAAGUCAUCCUGCCCGAGAGUUGGGUUGCCAGGUUCAGAAGGAAAGGCCAGCCGCCAGCAGAACCAGAGUCUAAGUCGCCGAAGGGUAAGUCGAAAGGGAAGGGCAAGGGCAAGGGAUCCCCAAAGUCCAAAGGAAAAGGUUCUCCAAAUUCCAAACGCAAAAAGUAA